ACACCGAAGUCCAGGCAUGCUAGAGAUACAGUUCUCAAGAGAACCAAAAGAAGGUGGGGCCCUAUUCCAUCUGUCAUGAUAGAGAACUCACUGGGACCUUUCCCACUGCAAAUACAGCAGGUCCAGUCAGACACGGCUCAGAACUACACAAUUUAUUACUCUGCAAGUGGACCAGGAAUUGAUCAAGAUCCGAAGGGCUUGUUUUACAUAGAAAGAGAAACUGGAAAUAUCUUUGCUACUCGUGCAGUAGACCGUGAACAGUAUCCAAGUUUUCAGAUCAUUUGCUUUGCAACCACUCCAGAUGGUUAUUCACCAGAAGUACCGCUUGUGCAUACAAUCAGGAUAGAGGACGACAAUGACAAUGCUCCAUAUUUUACGCAAGACCUUUUUGAAUUUUGUGUCCCUGAGAAUUCCAGACCUGGCGUUGUUGUUGGAAAAGUGAUUGCAGAGGACAGAGAUGAGCCUUAUACUCUGCACACCACGCUGAAAUACCGCAUUGUGUCACAAACCCCACCAAUUACCCCAGCGUUUUCUUUACACGGUGACACCGGUGUCAUCUCUGUAUUACUGCCACAGCUGGACAGAGAGCUUGUACCCAGUUACACUUUGUUAGUUGAAGUGAGAGAUAUGGCAGGUCAGCCUUUUGGUCUGUGCACUACGGGAACAGUUGUCAUCAAAAUUGAAGAUACGAAUGACAAUGCACCAUCCUUUAAACAGUUACAAUAUGAAACACGAGUGGAGGAAAAUCGAGUGAGUGUAGAAAUACUGAGAGUGUCUGUCGUUGAUCUUGAUGAACCUGGUUCACCUGGCUCUGGAGCAGUAUAUGAAAUUAUACGAGGAAAUGAUGAUCAGGCCUUUGAAAUUACAACAGACAAAAACACAAAUGAAGGAAUACUGUGUGUUGUUAAGGGACUGGACUAUGAAACUGCCAAGCAAAGGGUCCUGGUGAUUGGAGUCAACAAUGAGGCACCCUACGUGCUGGCUCCCCAUUCACAACAACUUUCCCAGAGCACCUGCUCUGUUACUGUGCAUGUCCUGGAUGUGGAUGAGGGACCCGUGUUCAAACCCUGUCUGUUGCGCUUAGACGUUAAAGAAUGCGAAGAUAUUGGGACGGCUAUUGGGAGAUAUGUAGCAGAAGAUCCAGAAACUGGAAAUAGUGAGGGCAUAAGAUACCGGAUACCACCUGGCCAGUGCAAUUGGAUCAACAUAGAUGACAAGUCAGGUGAAGUCAGAACUGUUAGGGUCUUGGACCGGGACAUAGGAGAAAUGAGACGAGGUCAAUGCAAUGUCACAGUCCUCGCAAUAGACAGAAAUGGUAAAACAGGCACUGGAACAAUCCAGGUUUGCAUCGUGCCUGGCAACAAGAAUUUCCCACGAAUCAUUCAAACAGACUAUAUCAUGUGCAGAGACAGAAAACCAAUCUGCCUCACGGCACAGGAUGACGAUGAGGCUCCUUACAGCGCGCCCUUUGUGUAUCGCAUAACUGACCGGAACCUGGCUUCCAUGUGGAAGUUGACUCCACACGAUGAUAAUUCUUGGUACCUUUCACCAAAGAGUGAUAUUCCGUAUGGUAUUUAUGAAAUUCCUGUAAGUGUGAUUGAUAAUGGAGGAAAGAUAGGAGAGAACACCGUAAGAGUUAACCUCUGUGAUUGUGUUACUCCAACUGAAUGCGACGGCAGAACUCGUCAGCUGACUGGUGGAAAUGUUACCCUUGGUCUCUGGGCCAUCCUUGCAAUGAUCUUAGGAUCAUUAUUAUUGCUGCUAAUCCUCAUCACAAUUUGUGGCUGCUGUGGUGCUGGGGUAAUGCACAGGCAGGUGACUGAUGAUUGUGCCAAUCACAAUUUAAUAAUUUCAAACACAGAAGCUCCAGGAGAAGAAGUGAUGGAUCACAAUAUAAUUCCUCUGCAAAGUACAUGUGAUCAAGGAGGGUAUGGAGUAAAAACAGGAGAGCAGCAAACAUUUGAAAUGGUAAAAGGAAGAGGACAUACUUUGGAAUCAGUCAAGGGAGGUGGACAUCAGACUCUGGGAUCAGUUAAAGAAGGAGGACAACAGCCUAUGAUGGAUACUUGUAGAUACUCCUACUCAGAGUGGCAUAAUUUCACACAUCCUCGUUUAGGCGAAAAGGUGCACCUAUGCAGACAGGAUGAAGAACAGAAGCACUCUGAAGAUUAUCUCCUUUCAUAUAACUAUGAAGGAAAAGGAUCCUUGGCUGGCUCUGUAGGCUGCUGCAGUGAUCAGCAUGAAGAAGAGGCACUUGACUUCUUAGAUCAGUUGGAACCCAAGUUUAGGACAUUAGCAGAAACAUGCAUCAAAAGAUAA